AUGACUAGCAAGGACCGAAAUUCGAAUGGGAAGGUGAAUAUAUACAGUAAUUCAAAUGUAUGGUGCACAUCGACAACGAAUCUUCGGCCUCCGCCGAUGACAUAGAGAGCGGCAGAAGUCCGACCAAGAGCGACGACACGAGGUGCUCGAAAUCAGGUAGGCCAGUGCGCGUCUCUGUACGAUCGUUGGCGGCCAUGGCAGCAGCGCUGGCUGUCCUAGUAGGCCUCGCAGCCAUCGGAUACUUCCUGGGAUGGACUUAUCUGACGAUUUUGGUGGUUGUCGCUGCGGCGGCCUAUUUGGCGGGCGGCAAGUGGCGUUGGGUGUACGUUGCAUUGAGGACUGCACCGAGAGAUUUACGUUCCCUCCUCAAAUAUAUCAGGCUUCUGAUACAAAUUAAGGGCUUCCAAAGUAAAGACUUGACACUUGCUGACGUUUUUUUGGAAAAUGUCAAGAAACAUCCUCAGAAACCAUGUAUUCUGUACGAAGAUCAGCAGUGGACAUUUGCUCAGGUGGAAGAAUACAGCAAUAAAGUGGCGAAUGUGUUCAAAAGUCACGGAUACAAAAAGGGGGACGUGGUCGCCCUGUUUCUCGAAAACAAACCCGAAUUCGUUUGCAUGUGGUUGGGACUAUCCAAACUCGGUGUAAUCACCUCGCUGAUCAACACCAACUUAAGACUGACAUCUCUUGUCCAUUCUGUCACGGUGGCCAAGAGUCAAGCCAUCAUCUUCGGCUCAGAACUAUCUGAAGCUGUAACUGAAAUAUUAGAUAAGAUAGAAUCCAAAGUAGCUCUAUAUCAAAUAAGUUGUGGCAAUGUCCAAACUCCUGCCGAUCAGAAAUUCCACAAUUUGGACGCAUUGUUGAAAGAAGCUCCAACGACAAGGCCCCAAAUUGCAGACAAACUGGGCUAUCAGGACUGUGUUGUUUAUAUCUACACUUCAGGUACAACUGGACUACCUAAAGCUGCUGUCAUCACAACGUCAAGAUUUUUCUUCAUUGUUUGCGCAAUGUACUGGCUGUGUAACUUCAAAUCUUCGGACAUAUUCUACACACCUCUGCCUCUUUACCAUACUGCAGGUGGUUGCAUGACAGUCGGUCAGGCGAUCAUCUAUGGAGCAACAGUUGUCAUCAAAAAGAAGUUCUCAGCAUCUGGCUAUUUUGAGGAUUGUCGAAAAUAUAAGUGCACUGCAGCACAAUACAUCGGUGAAAUGUGCAGAUACAUUCUAGCAGUACCUCCAAAAGAAAACGACAAAGAUCAUAAUCUGAAAAUAAUUUAUGGAAACGGACUUCGCCCACAAAUAUGGCCAGAGUUUGUGGAGAGAUUCAAUAUCAAAAAUGUCGGCGAAUUUUAUGGGGCCACUGAAGGGAACGCCAACAUAGUCAACGUCGACAACACCGUAGGCUCCAUAGGCUUCAUCUCGCGCAUAAUCCCCUCCGUCUACCCGAUAUCCAUAAUCAGGGUGAACCCCGACACGGGGGAGCCCAUCAGGGACGCCAGAGGGCUCUGCAUGACCUGCCGCCCCAACGAGCCGGGGGUGUUCAUCGGCAAGAUCAUCCCCAACAACCCGUCCAGGGCCUACUUGGGCUACGUGGACGAGCAGGCGUCGCAGAAGAAGGUGGUGCGCGACGUGUUCAAGCACGGAGACAGCGCUUUCUUGUCGGGAGACAUACUGGUGGCUGACGAGCUGGGGAAUCUCUUCUUCAAGGACAGGACGGGCGAUACGUUUAGGUGGAAGGGAGAAAAUGUGUCCACGUCCGAGGUCGAAGACGUCAUGAGCAAUCUGGUGAAUUACAAGGACGUAAUAGUUUACGGGGUGGAGAUCAAGGGUCAAGAAGGCAGGGCGGGAAUGGCGGCCGUUUUCGAUCCUGAAGAAACGUUGGAUUUGAAACAACUCGUCGGCGGUCUCAAGAAAAUGUUGCCGGCCUAUGCCAGACCGAUCUUCAUCAGGAUAUUGAUGAAAAUAGAUAUGACAGGUAACAACUGGGCCCAAACAGAAGCCACUUUUGUAAAAGAAGUCACCUACAGAAGUACAAACACAAAAGAACCAGGGGCAGUGACCCCACCAUCAUCUAAUCUAAACACAGCUUUCCGGCUCAUCAAGGAGGUCCAAAGAAAAUUCAAAACUCGGGAAGCAGAGGAGAAAGAAAAAGAGGAUCUAGUCAAACAAGACACUCUAGUACUGUCACAGAACAAGGGAAAUCCCAAGCUGAAGGAUCUCUAUAUCAGACCAAAUAUAGUAUCAAAACGUAUGACAGGAUCCCUAGAGGCUCAUAGUAAUGGCUUCAGAUACACUUCAGUCAGAGGAGACAAAGUAGACAUUCUCUAUAACAACAUAAAAAACGCAUUCUUUCAACCUUGUGAUGGUGAAAUGAUUAUCCUGCUGCAUUUCCACUUGAAACACGCCAUCAUGUUUGGGAAAAAAAAGCAUGUUGACGUGCAGUUCUACACUGAGGUGGGAGAAAUCACAACAGAUUUGGGCAAACAUCAGCACAUGCACGACAGAGAUGAUUUGGCGGCGGAGCAGUCUGAGAGGGAGCUCAGACACAAGCUCAAGACAGCUUUCAAAAGUUUUUGUGAAAAGGUGGAAUCGAUGACAAAACAAGAAAUAGAAUUCGACACGCCCUUCCGAGAGCUGGGAUUCCCCGGAGUCCCUUUCCGUUCCACUGUUCUCCUGCAACCGACUUCGGGAUGUCUCGUCAACCUCACCGAAUGGCCGCCGUUCGUCAUCACGUUGGAAGACGUGGAACUCGUGCACUUCGAACGUGUGCAGUUCCAUCUGAAGAACUUCGAUAUGGUGUUCGUUUUCAAGGACUACCAAAGGAAAAUCGCCAUGGUCAAUGCAAUACCCAUGCACAUGCUGGAUCAUGUCAAGGAGUGGCUGAAUUCUUGUGAUAUCAGAUACGCCGAGGGCGUGCAAUCCCUGAACUGGGUCAAGAUCAUGAAAACGAUCACCGACGACCCGGAGGGCUUCUUCGACAACGGCGGCUGGACGUUCCUCGACCCCGAGUCCGAUGAGGAGGAGGGCAAGGAGGAGGAGAGCGAAGAGGAGGACGAACCGUACCAGCCGACGGACGUCAGCGAGGAGGGGUCGGACUGGAGCGACGAGGACUCCGAGUACUCGGAGGGGGACACGGAGGACGACGACGUCGGCUCCGCGGACGAUUUGGGCUCUGAUGAAGAAUCUGGCAAAGACUGGUCAGACUUGGAGAGAGAAGCGGAAGAAGAAGACAGAGAGCGCCAGUAUGAUGUGGCAGAUGACAGAGGAGGCAAGGGUCGCAGCAAGUUCCCCUCCUCCAAAGACAGGCACAAAUCUUCCAGUUCGUCCAAGAGCAAGGACAGGCACAGCAGCAGUCACAAGAGCUCCAAACAUUCCUCGAGCAAACACUCCAGUUCGAGAGACAAGGACAGACACAACAGCAGCCGCGACAAGGACAAGAGCCGGCAUUCUUCUUCCUCUUCUCAUCACAAGUCUUCUCCCUCCAAGGACAAAGACAAGGAUAGGCACAGGAGUUCUCACUCAAGUUCGCAUGAUAAGAAGAGGAGCAGAGAUGACAGUGGAGAUAAACGUAGUUCGAAAAAGUCUAGGAAGUAGCCCGGUUGUCUAUCUGUAUGUUUCUAAGAUGUUAUUCAUAGGUUUUGUUGUAUGUUCAAGCUGCUUGAUUCCCUUUCGUAUUAUCUGUGUAUAG